AUAUUAGAAAAUUGCCCUAAGAAAGUGUUUUUGCCAAUCGAAGCCAAAAGGGGCGCUAAAUGACGUAAAGGUAGCUGCUUAUUGCCUGCCAUAUUUAGCAUAUUUUUUGUGUGGAUCAUUGGCAAUAGGACGCACGCAACAGGUGAGGCGCAAGCAAAGCAAAUUGUAAAAUGGGCUGCGGCGGACCAUGUGGCCCCUGUGUCAAGAACUGCUGCGGCAACGGGGGAUCCGGCUGCAGUCGCUGUGGACCGAGCUGCUGUGGACAGAGCUGUUGUGCCCAGGGGCCCUGUGGCUUUGUCUCCUAUCGCUUGGCCAGCGGACCCUGCGGUCCGCUACUGCCCUGCAUGGAGUGCUGCGGCUGCUGUGACUGCGGCUGCUGUCCGCCAUUUUAUUUUGUGCGAAACAGAUGCGCCUGCUGCUGGGAAUGGGGCUGUUUUGGACCCUUCUAUUAACCCAGGAGCACGAACAAAGUUUUCAUAUUUUUGAGCUCAAUAAAUUUGU